AAAACGGUGCACCUAUUGACGCUCCGCGGUUCACGACGGAUGAAGACAGUAGAGUGGACAUGUCAAUAGACACUGAUAUAAAAGAGACAGCCACGGUCGUGGCGCGGGGAGGUCUGCUAUUAGAGAAUGCCACUGCAAUCAAAUGUCACGCGUGCAUUAGCUCUUAGCAGUAAACACCUUUUUGUUCCGCUUGUUAUGUGUCUAGUUUUUAACCUUGAAUCAUAAUUUUGGGCCUAUAUUCAGCUCCCGCGGUUAAUUAGAAAAUGCCUCUUGUACAGAAUCAACAAGCCGGAAUAAUUUUGACAGAAACUCCUAUAGGAUCAUUCAAACAGAGGAAACGGAAGUCCAUCAUGGUCACUAUGAUGUUGCUCAUUGUGUCUGUACUCAUCCUUAUCUUUGGACUGGCAGCCACCACCAGGACACAGAAUAUCACAGUCGGUGGCUACUACCCUGGAGUCAUUCUGGGCUUUGGCUCCUUUCUGGGAAUCAUCGGAGCCCAUCUGAUAGAAAACAAGAGGCAGAUGCUGGUGGCGUCCAUUGUGUUCAUCAGUUUUGGAGUGGUGGCUGCCUUCUGCUGUGCCAUUGUGGAUGGGGUGUUUGCAGCCAGACACAUAGACCUUAGACCUUACUAUGCCGGCCGCUGUGAUUUCUACGCCAAUUCAAAAUCCUCUGUGGAUUAUGAAGACGUUCACUGCCAGACAGCAUCCCGUGCAACCUGUAACCUACGUGUGAAAGCCAAUACCUGCUACUGCUGUGACCUCUACAACUGUGGCAAAGAACAUCCUCUUUUGGGACAUGCGAAUAAAGAUGUUUUGAAAAAGUUUAGGAAAACGUCCAUGAUUUGGAAGCCCAGCCGUGUGGAGCUGAUGGGGGGCUACCACGAGUACACGGAGGUGGGGAGCUGCGAGGAUGUGGUACACCUUUAUCACCUGCUGUGGUCCGUCACCAUCCUCAACAUCAUCGCUCUCUUCCUGGGCAUCAUCACCGCCGCUGUGCUGGGAGGCUUCAAGGACAUGACACCCAUGCUGACCCCUGACUCGUGUGAGUCAGAGCCCCUCCCAGCAGCCCCUGUCUCCACAGAGCUUCCAGCUCCCAGCACCUCCUCCUUCAACUGCUACUACAGCAAUGCCCCCUACCUGCCACCCUAUACUGCCUACGACCUGCAGGGCUCCAGCAUGAUGUUCCCUGACUCUUCUGGCCUGUCUGAUGAGUCCCAGUCGGGGGCCAGCCACAUGUGGUCCUCCCUGGUCCCCCCGUGCUACUCUCCACCUUACUGCCCACCCGACGAGAAGCCCCCGCCAUACAGCCCCUAGGAGAGAGGCUGGAACUGGGAAAGAACAGGGGAGGACAGCCGGUAUCGUCUCCUCUUUUGCCAGCUACAUUGGCAACAAAGGGCAAUGGGUAUUGAUGGGUGUUAGUGGACCUUGAAUAUUAACCUGUUUGAACGCGAGCUGCUGCUGCAUCUGGUGCUCCAAACUGUUCCUGAGCAGCCAAGCCUGCCUGAGCUGUGUGGAAUAUAAAGAUACAAGGAGUUAGUGGAAGAAAGAAAGAGCAUGAGUCACUGAUGUGACUAGAAGCCAGUGCUGUGAGGUUUAAUUCAUCCCCCAGUAAGUAUAGCCUGUUAGGAUUCAACCAAACCUGGAUGGAGCGGGGGGUAUAGCAAGACCCUGCUUGGCCUACACCCCCCUUUUCUCAGCAGACUCUCUGUUGGGGCCAGUUUGCUCCCUAACUCUUCCCCUUGGCCCUAACUCUUCCAUGUCUGCAUUUCUAUAAGCAGCGUAGCGGGGGAGACAACAUCCUAUCGUUUACACCUUACAGGUCUGCAAACAUCAAAGGGUUAUAUGAUAUGAUGACAUUAGGAUCCCCAUUAGCCGACACCAAUGGUGACAUCUAGUCUACCGGGGGUUCGACACACAACGAAAAAAAGACAUUACAGACAAAAAUACUAUAAUUUACAUACAUUUAAAAAUAAUAACACUAGCUAGGUUUCCAUCCAAUUGAGGACAAAUUUUCAUGCAAAUAUUCUAGAAUCCGCAUAAAGAAAACAUGCUCAUUUUCCCACCCGUGGUGUGUUUCCACCAAAUAGACUUGUUGCGGAUAAAAAUCAGUGCGUGAUGACAAUUUACUUUUUCACAUAAGUUUUCAUGUACAGAAUACAUUUUUUAAGUUCAACGUGUUUCCAUCGCAUUUUUAACUUUACUUACUACAAACACUGUUGCGUUAAUGUGCGUACUCUGGUCUUGGCAGUGCGCUCUAGCCUACAGCUCACAGAUACAGUGCGGGUGGGCUGUGCGGGUAGGCUAGUCUACAAUGAUGAGAUUAUGAUGGAUAAGAGCGAGAAUAUUUUUAUUUGUCAAAUGGCAGUCAAGCAUCGAUCAUCAUGUCACCAGAAAAGGACCCUCGAUAGUUAUUGGAAAGGAGCAUCAAGAUCACUGUGCACUUUCAGCACCCUGUGAAGUUCAUCAUAACUUAUUUAAUCUGUAGCCUAAUAAAUUGCAUGGUUUCCCGAGUUGUAGUGGGAGGAUCACAUACCAUAUCAUUGCAAGACUCCAAGUUGACUUUGAUAUAUUUGCGCAUAAAGGCGUUUCCACUGCCAUUUCUCGCCUAAUUAAUUGUACAGACACAAAAAGAUCCCACCAUGUCGAACAAACAAAUGAUCUGUCGGCAUUUAUAAAAUUGUACUGAAACAUCCUGUUUUCUUCACAACUGUCAUGAUUGUUUUUUGUACGGUAUGACUUUAUCCUCAUAAAAACUGUGGAUGGAAACGUGAUUAGUGACAUUACAGACUUAAAUAUAAACUACAACUAAAGACACAUUUAAUAAAACUAAAGAAUAAUAAUGUGUGUGUGUGUGUGUGUGUGUGUGUGUGUGUGUGUAGGUCACAUGGGGGAGAGGUGUUGCUUUAUUUGUUUUUUUAAACCAAGUUUGCUGUUCACUUGAGCAAUAUGAGAGGGAAGGGAGUUCCAUGCAAUCGUGGCUCUAUAUAAUACUGUACGUUUCCUUUCAUUUGUUCUGGACCUGGGAACUGUGUAGAGACCCCUGGUGGCAUGUCUGGUGGUGUAAGUAUUUCUGUCAGAGCUAUAUGUCAGUUGAUUAUACAGACAAUUUAGAAUUUUCAACACAUUAAUAUUUCUGACAAAAAAAAGAAUUGAUGCAGUCAAUCUCUAUUUUGAGCAAAGAGAGACCGACAUGCAUACUGUAGACAUUAGCCCUCAGAGUACAUUGAAGGGCAAGAUGUGCUGCUCUGUUCGGGGCCAGCUACUGCUUUUCUAGGUUCUUCUUUGCAGCACUUGACCAUAUCACCGGGCAAUAGUCAAAAGAUUAGAUAAAACUGGGCUUUUGGUUGACUGUGAUGUUAAAAAUUCUGAGCAUCUCUUUAUCACAGACAUUCCUCUCCCCAUCUUUACAACAAUUGAAUCAGUAUGUCUUGACCAUGACAAUUUAUAGUCUAGGUUGACACCAAGAAGGUUAGUUUCCUCAACUUGUUCAACAGCCACAUCAUUCAUUACCUGAUUCAGCUGAGAGCUAGAACUUAUGGAAUGAUUUGUACCAAAUAUGUGUUAUGGCUUUACAUCCUAUGGUAAAGAAUGUAAAGCCAUAACAGGCUAUGGUCAAUAAUAUUAAAGGUUGUUCUGAAGUCUAAGAAUACAGCUCCCACCAUCUUUUUAUUAUCAAUUUCUUUCAGCCAAUCAUCAGUCAUUUGUGUCAGUGCAGUACAUGUUGAGUGCCCUUCUCUGUUGUUUAUUAUAUUACAGAGAAAUAGCAUUGUAUUUGGUCAAACACCAUUUUUUCCUGAAGUUUGCUAAGAGCUGGCAGAAAGCUUAUUCGUCAGCUGUUAGAACCAGUAAAGAAUGAUUUACCAUUCUUGGGUAGCGGAAUGACUUUGGCUUCCCUCCAGGCAUGAGGACAAACACUGUCCUCUAGGCUCAGAUUAAAGAUAUGACAGAUAGUAGUGGCUAUAGAGUCAGCUACAAUCCUCAGUAGCUUUCUAUCUAAGUUGUCAAUGCCAGGUGAUUUGUCAAUAUUGAUGGAUAACAAUUUUUCAACCAUGAAUAUGAUGGCUCACAGUUUGUUUUGGGCAUUUCUGAGUUUGUCAACUUUGCCAAUUAAAUAGUCAUUAAAAUAAUUGUCAAUAUCAAAAGGUUAGAGCUAAGGAGAAGGGGUAGGAGCGAAUUGGGAUUGGCUGUAGUAUAUCAGAAACAGCUGACCUCUCUUAAGAUGCCAGGACUGUCUACAGAUGUGUCUUAUCCACAUCUGUCAACUCAAGAGAAGCACUAGUUAUCCUGGCCAGAUGAGAAGCUCUCCUCAAACAAUGUGCUCUCUUCCUUGGACAAUGUGGUCUCCUACUUGGACAAUGUGCUCUGCUACUUGGACAAUGUGGUCUCCUCCUUGGACAAUGUGCUCUCCUCCUUGGACAAUGUGGUCUCUUCCUUGGACAAUGUGCUCUCCUCCUUGGACAAUGUGCUCUGCUACUUGGACAAUGUGCUCUCCUCCUUGGACAAUGUGCUCUGCUACUUGGACAAUGUGCUCUCCUCCUUGGACAAUGUGCUCUCCUCCUUGGACAAUGUGCUCUCCUUGGACAAUGUGCUCUCCUGUAAUGUACUCUACAACAUCAUUAUCACCCCAGUACAAGAAAUAUCAGCUGUAACGGUGCUUGGAUUUAUGUAAAGGUACACCAUUUUCUCUAGUAGUGCAAUUGAAAAUGAAGGUAUUGAAGAAUCGAUACUGAAGAUCACAGUUCACCCUAUUAAUCUAGCUCACAGUAUUGUUGUUAUAGAUAGAUCACAGUUCACCCUAUUAAUCUAGCUCACAGUAUUGUUGUUAUAGAUAGGUCACAGUUCACCCUAUUAAUCUAGCUCACAGUAUUGUUGUUAUAGAUAGGUCACAGUUCACCCUAUUAAUCUAGCUCACAGUAUUGUUGUUAUAGAUAGAUCACAGUUCACCCUAUUAAUCUAGCUCACAGUAUUGUUGUUAUAGAUAGGUCACAGUUCACCCUAUUAAUCUAGCUCACAGUAUUGUUGUUAUAGAUAGGUCACAGUUCACCCUAUUAAUCUAGCUCACAGUAUUGUUGUUAUAGAUAGGUCACAGUUCACCCUAUUAAUCUAGCUCACAGUAUUGUUGUUAUAGAUAGGUCACAGUUCACCCUAUUAAUCUAGCUCACAGUAUUGUUGUUAUAGAUAGGUCACAGUUCACCCUAUUAAUCUAGCUCACAGUAUUGUUGUUAUAGAUAGGUCACAGUUCACCCUAUUAAUCUAGCUCACAGUAUUGUUGUUAUAGAUAGGUCACAGUUCACCCUAUUAAUCUAGCUCACAGUAUUGUUGUUAUAGAUGGGUCACAGAUCACCCUAUUAAUCUAGCUCACAGUAUUGUUGUUAUAGAUAGGUCACCAUUCACCCUAUUAAUCUAGCUCACAGUAUUGUUGUUAUAGAUAGGUCACCAUUCACCCUAUUAAUCUAGCUCACAGUAUUGUUGUUAUAGAUAGAUCACCAUUCACCCUAUUAAUCUAGCUCACAGUAUUGUUGUUAUAGAUAGGUCACAGUUCACCCUAUUAAUCUAGCUCACAGUAUUGUUGUUAUAGAUAGGUCACAGUUCACCCUAUUAAUCUAGCUCACAGUAUUGUUGUUAUAGAUGGGUCACAGUUCACCCUAUUAAUCUAGCUCACAGUAUUGUUGUUAUAGAUAGGUCACCAUUCACCCUAUUAAUCUAGCUCACAGUAUUGUUGUUAUAGAUAGGUCACAGUUCACCCUAUUAAUCUAGCUCACAGUAUUGUUGUUAUAGAUAGGUCACCUUAAUACUAUACCUCGCAUUAUUGUUGUUAUAGAUUGUGAACAGGGUUAUAGUAGAGCAAAUAAUGAGAACAAACUGUAAAUCUGUUUGUUUUAAGGGGUGGAUUGGGAGGAAUCUGAAACAUAAAUUAUCACUCCGAACGUAAUGUUAUUUUAGAAGUUGCAAAGGGACUGGCUAAACACGAAACUCUUCUGUUUCUUUCUAGGUGUGAUAUAACAGGCUUUUACACUUGAAUAUAGCAAAAAACAGCGUUGUGUGUUGUAUCUCAAUCACAAAAUUCAUAGACCUCAAAGUAAAGAGCAGCUCCUUGAGAUCAUCGAUUAAAGUAGUUAGCUUUGUUUUUGCAUAAUUCUUUUGAACAGCACUUUCUCAACAGCUGAAGAUGAACUUCUGCUGACUGGAGUGGAUUGAUUGUCUUGCCAUUAAAAGUAAUUUUGUGAUAAA